UACCCUGUAAACUUCACCAUGACCAUCCAGCCUAUAUGCAUCCCUCAGAAGACUUUCCGGGUGGAAGCUGGGACCACGUGCUGGGUGACCGGUUGGGGCAGAAAAGAAGAAUAUAGUUCCCUGGGGACCGAGCCAGAUGCUAUGGGAUUCUAUUCAGGGUGGCUUUCUGCUCAGCAAGCAGAGCCAGAAGGUCACUGUUGCUGAGGCUAUAGGGCCCCCAUCUCUGGGAAGAGUCUGGACUGGUAACCCUGGGGCACAUUCGAGAGUCUGUGAUCCUGCUCAAAAGUAAAGAUAUGUUACUGAUGCACGGAAUACCUGUCACGAUUACCACUGAUACUCAGGGUAACAGAUGCCUGAUGAUCAUUUCUCAGGCUCGUGGCGACCUUAUUACCUCUGUUCUCCAUGAGGUCGAUCAAGACAUCAUCCACCAUGAAAAAUGUAAUGAGAUGAUUCAGAAAGCCAUGAAAACAACUAGGAAUGUCGUACUGGAAGGAAUGCUCUGUGGCUAUAAAGGUGCAGGAAAGGAUUCAUGUCAGGAGGAACUACAGAGCAUUGCGGCCACUCUUAUGUGUGCACUCUGGGAUAAUCUCCCCGCUCAAGAGUUUUCAUUUAAUCACCGUCCUUUUGCCACGUAAGGUGGCGGCGGUCACCCCCGUUGACCCUGGCUCCUACAGGGCUGCGGCCAUUCCUCAGCCAUCGCUGUUUCCUGCAGGAUGUGGCCACAGGUCUAUGAGGAUAGUUGGUGGAAUACCCGCCCCAGAGAGGAAGUGGCCCUGGCAGGUGAGCCUGCAGAUCAAGGAUAAACACACGUGCGGAGGCUCCCUCAUUGCCAGCCGGUGGGUGCUGACCGCUGCCCACUGCGUAUUUGGCCACGUGGAGUACACCGUGAAGAUGGGAGACAUCCACGUGAACCAUACCUCCAGGAUGGCCAUCCAGGUGCCGGUCCGGGACAUCGUUAUUCACAAAUAUUACAAUCCUGUUGGAAGCAUUGAGAAUGACAUUGCCCUCAUCCUGCUGGAGUUCCCUGUGAAUUUUUCCUCGCACAUCCAGCCCGUGUGCCUCCCUGAAAAGAUGUUCAUGGUGGAAGCUGGUGUGGAGUGCUGGGUGACUGGAUGGGGAAAACGAAAAGAAACAGAUAAACCUGAAGAUGCUCCGGAACAACUUCAGGAGGCCAAGCUAAACGUUGUACGUUACGAGGAGUGCAAUAGGGCACUCAAGGAACAGAUGGAAAGUGGUAGUGACCUAGUGAAAAAAGGGGCUGUCUGUGGUUACAGUUCCCGAGGAAAGGACACCUGCCAGGGAGAUUCUGGGGGCCCCAUGGCCUGUGAAUUUAAUGAAACAUGGGUCCAGGUGGGGAUUGUGAGCUGGGGCUUUGGCUGUGGUCGCAGAAAUUUUCCCGGAGUUUAUACAGAAGUUAGUUUCUACAAGGACUGGGUCAUUGAUCACUUGAGUCAGGCUUGCUGUUGGGACUCAGCAGACUUCUUCAUACUUCUGUGCGUGGUGCUGCCCUUGGGCAUCCUGGUGGCCCCGUGAUCACCCCCGCCCACUCCCCUCCUGUUUCUGACUCUCACACAAGGCCCUUCCUCCUCAUUGCCCUUUCCUCCAAUGCUGGUUGGGAUCCACUGACCCUGUAGGGAGCUACCCAGUAGAGAGUGGCAGUAAGCCCAGAGCCCUGAAGUGUCCCAGCCUGAUGCCCCAGUCACCUGCCUCGGCCACACCCACACCUUGGCUGUGCUCUGCCUGCUGGAAAGGAGGCAGCCGACCUGCCAGGUAGAGCCCGGUGCUUCCCUGACGCCUUGGAGAGCCUCUACCAAAGAAGAGACCUCAUGAGCAGUGAGACAGCAUUUGACCUGGCUGUGGUCUCAGGCUUUCACCUGAGAGUGAGCUUGGUGAUUGUGCAGAGAGAGCCAGGCGGUGUCACCACGGCCCUGCUGAGGUCUGAGGCCUGGGGGUUCCACAUCUGACCCAGGUGUCUGGGACUGGGUGAAGUUCCCCCCUACCCAGUGCGGAUCCACCUGGAUCCUGCUGGGGCAGCCCCGCGAUGGGGUCCCCUUUCUUGAGUACCCAGUGGCCACGUCCAGGCUCACCCCAAGUCGUGUGGAGACAUUAAGGAGUGUGGAGAUCUUAGAUGCCAAUGAAUAAACAUUUGCGGUGCAUUCUUA